AGGACAGGUGGACCAAAUGAACAAAACAACACGGGGACACAAGGACAGAUGGAUCGAAUGACACAAGGACAGGUGGACCAAAUGAACAAAACAGAAUGGGGACAGACAGACAGAUUGACACAAGGACAGAUGGACUGAAUGAUAAUGGGACAGAUUGAGAGAGUGACACAAAUGGACCGAAUGAACAAAACAGCAUAGGGACUAAUGGGAAGAAUGACAUGGGUACAGUUCGAGAGAACAACAUAGGGUCAGGCGAAGAGAAUGACAUUGAGACAGAUGCACAAAUGAACAUUGGAAGGGGAGGACAGAAUGACAUGGGAGAAGAUGGCCAAAGUUAUACUGGGCCAGUAAUACAGAACAACAGGGGUACAGCAGAACAGAACAACAUGGAGAUAGACAAAGUGAAUGAGUUGGAGACAGAUGGACAGAACAAAAAGCAGAAUGAGAUCUCAAAUUUGAGAACAAACACACGAAUUAAACGGGAAUACACCAUUUAUGGGAGUUCAGACACACAGUGGUAUGAAGGCACAAUAACCACACGGAAAAAGAAGUGCAUAACAGUAUCCUUGGAUAAUGGUGACGAGACAUCAAUGACCCUCAAACACGCAAAUUAUUGCCUAAAGCAAAAUAAUUUGGUUAUAAUAGACUGACUACAAUAACUGCCAGAUUCUAACUUUUUGCAUAUAAAUGCCUUGUAUAAUAUAAGUUCAUUGCAAAAUACAAUGGUGGUGAAAUAAGCAUGGAAAUACAAGAAUAGCAUUUGAACAACUUAAGAACUUCAGCCAGUGACUUUUUGCUUGUAAAUGCCUUGUAUAUUACUGUAAGUUUAUUAGUAUUGUAAAUAUUGUAUAAUAUAUUGAUGGUGAAAUAAGCCUACAAAUGUAAGAAUAGCAUUUUUACAACUUUCUAACAAUUACCAGACUUUUUUUCUGAAAAUGAUUUUUUUAAAUUGAAACCAGGUACUGACAUUUUGUCAUGUUAAUGCCUUGUUACAACUUCGUAGCAAUUACCAGAUGAUGACUUUUUGAAUGAAAAUGCCUUGUUAAUUAUUGUUCAAGUUGUAUUGUUCUUCAAAAUUAU